AUGGUUUCUGUAAAGUGUUUGGGUGGAAAAAGGAAACGCAAAUGGUAUGCUUAUUGUUCCUAUGUGUGUGGUAUCAACUCAUGGCAGCUAAGAAAAGUGAUUGAUGAUCACAACUGUAGUAGAGAUUUCAAUGUAAAGUUGAUGGCUUCAAAAUGGUUGAGUGAAAGGAUGGAAAAAACUGUGAGAGAAAACCCUAAUAUGAAGGUCAUGGACAUUAGGGACAAAGUCAGUAGGAAAUGGAAUGUAGGAAUUUCUAGAAAUAUGGCUUUUAGGGCAAGAACCAUUGCAAAAGAUAAUGUUGAGGGGUCAUUCAAGGAACAAUUUAGAAGAAUUUAUGAUUAUGGUCAUGAGCUUCUGAGAAAAAAUCCAGGUCCAAAAUUGAAAAUAAAAGUUGAAAAUAGCAAUGGUGAGUUAAUAUUCAAUAGAUUUUAUGCAUGCUUGAAGGCAUGCAAAGAUAGCUACAUGUGUUGUAGACCCAUUAUUGGGUUGGAUGGAUGCUUUUUGAAAGGCAAGUAUGAAGGAGAGUUACUAACAGCAAUUGGAAGAAAUGGAAACGAAAAAAUUUUGCCCAUAGCAUAUGCUGUUGUUGAUGUAGAAAACAAAGACUCGUGGACUUGGUUCUUGGAGCUUCUCAUUGAGGACCUUGGUGGGGAAGUUGUGUGUGCAACAUGCACAUUUAUUUCAGAUCAACAAAAGGGUCUUUUGCUAGCUAUUCAAGAUCUUCUACCUGAGGUAGAACAAAGAUAUUGUGUUAGACAUUUGUGUUCAAACUUCAGAAAGAAAUAUCCUUGA